UAAAACUCCGCGAAGCAUUCUUCUGCACGUGUGUUUGGACCGGGUUCUCUCGUACUCGCGAAAAAUCCGCGUAUUUCCUGCAAUUUCGUCUUAAAAAGUAUAUAAUUUACUGUGAUUUUGAAGUAGUUUCCAAGGUUCAACUAUGGGUAAGAAAAACAAGUUGAAAAAUAAAGGAGAUACGCAGUCUACGGCGUCGCAAACUCAAAAUGGCAAAGCUUCCGUUGAGGAUUUGGAGGAAAACUUCGAACUAGAAACGGAGUCUAGCAAGGCGGACAAAAAGAAAAACAAGCGCAAGAACAAGGAAGCCACUGUCGGAGCGUUUGUCAAAAGGCCAAAACACAGUGACGAUGAGGAGGCUGAAGUAGCGGAACAAGAUGACGACGAGGACGCUGACGUAGAUGACGAGGUCUCGGAAACUCCUGCGGUCGGUGGUGGAAGUGCCUAUGAAAUUCUGUUGGGUAAUCAGGAGUUUGAAACGCUUCGAGGCAAGGUUUCGGAUAACACACUGAAAGCCAUUUCCGAAAUGGGUUUUACCAAAAUGACAGAAAUUCAAGCUAAAGCCAUUCCACCGCUGCUGGAGGGACGUGAUUUGAUCGGGUCGGCCAAGACGGGAAGCGGAAAAACGUUGGCAUUUUUGAUUCCGGUUGUGGAGUUGAUUAACAAACUACAGUUCAAGCCACGGAAUGGCACAGGAGUGAUCAUCAUUUCACCAACCCGGGAACUGGCGAUGCAGAUUUUCGGCGUGCUGAAGGAACUGAUGGCACAUCACCAUCACACGUACGGACUGCUGAUGGGUGGAGCCAGCCGGCAUACGGAGAACGAGAAACUAGCGAAAGGGUUGAACAUUGUGGUGGCCACCCCGGGACGGCUGCUGGAUCAUUUGAAGAGCACGCCUAACUUCCUGUUCAAGAAUUUGCAGUGCUUAGUUAUCGAUGAGUGCGAUCGAAUCCUGGAGAUUGGAUUUGAAGAGGAUAUGAAGCAGAUUAUUAGUAUCCUUCCAAAAAAACGCCAAACCAUGCUGUUCUCGGCAACGCAGACGUCGCGAACAGAAGAAUUAGGAAAACUAGCUCUGAAAUCGGAACCCAUCUAUGUCGGAGUGGAUGACCACAAAACGGAAGCUACCGUUACAGGUUUGGAGCAGGGCUACAUCGUAUGUCCAUCAGAGAAACGCCUGCUGGUGCUGUUCACUUUCCUCAAGAAGAACCGCAAGAAGAAGGUCAUGGUGUUCUUUUCGUCCUGUUUGUCCGUUAAAUAUCAUCACGAACUGUUCAACUACAUUGACCUCCCGGUGAAUUCGAUUCAUGGCAAGCAGAAGCAAGCCAAGCGAACGUCGGUGUUCUUCCAGUUCUGCAAUGCGGAGUCAGGCAUCUUGCUGUGCACAGAUGUGGCCGCCCGUGGUUUGGACAUUCCGGCCGUCGAUUGGAUUGUGCAGUACGAUCCUCCGAAUGACACCAAGGAAUACAUCCACCGCGUCGGUCGUACGGCUCGUGGUGAAAACAUCUGUGGCCAUGCAUUGCUCAUUCUUCGUCCGGAAGAGGUGGAAUUCCUAAAGUACCUCAAACAAGCCAAGGUACCAUUGAACGAGUUUGAAUUCUCCUGGAGUAAAAUCGCCGACAUUCAGCUGCAACUGGAGAAUCUUCUGUCGAAGAACUAUUUCUUGAACCAGUCAGGUAAGUUGGCAUUCAAAUCGUACGUCCGGGCGUACGAAGGGCACCACAUGAAGGAUGUGUUCAACGUGGGCAAUCUGGAUCUGGUGAAGGUGGCCAAGAACUUUGGUUUCACGCAGCCACCAUACGUGGACUUUGGCAAGAGCUACAAGAUCCAGAACUCGGAUCGGCGGGCUGGUAAUAGAGGGCUGGGUCACUUCAAAACGCUGAACAAGGACAAGAAGGGUGAGAUGAAGUUCAAGCAUAUUAAGAACCGGAAACAGCUGAAAAAGAUCGAGUACGAGUAGGCGCAAACGUAAGAGACCAAGCAUUUCGUAAAAUAUAUUUUUGUUAAGUACAA